UAUAUAAAAUAGAUUUCACCUAAGUUGCUUGUGUCCACUAGUUAUCAACAUCAGAAAGGACAUUAAUUAAGUUGUUUCUUGUGAUGCUCAAUGGCUACACAUAUAUAUAGAGAUGGUCCAUCCACCAAAAUAAGUAGAGCUACCUGGAAUCGACUUGCAAAGACGAGAGAUUGACUUCAUAGUAGGCACUCUGAGGUUCUCACUAUAUAUACAGGUAUAUAGUGCAUUCUACCCAUCAGCAAUAACUUGCAGAAGUGUAACAUCAUAGCUAGCAAGCUCUGGUACGAAGUAAAUGGCUUCUUCAGCAUUCUCAUUCUUCCUCGCAAUGUCCUUUAUCAUGCUCAACAGUGCAUUUUCUGUUCAUUACUCUCAAAAGAUGCAGGAGGCAAAUAAAUUUGGUUAUACUGGAGGUAUCGGGCCUAACAAGUGGGCUAGCUUAAACCCGAACUUUUCACUAUGCUCUCAUGGAAAAGCUCAGUCUCCAAUCGACAUUGCUACACACAAGGCUUUCCUUGAUAAGACUCUGAAACCUUUGAUUAGAGUCUAUCACGCUUCAAAUGCUACUUUGGUCGAUAAUGGUUUCAAUGUUGGGAUACGUUUUAAUGGAAAUGUUGGAGGAUUUAGCAUAGACGGCAAAAAGUACACUCUUCUGCAGAUGCACUGGCAUUCUCCGUCUGAGCACCGACUUAAUGGACGCUUAAUGGAUGCGGAGCUUCAUAUAGUUCACAAGGCCGAUGAUGGCAGCAUUGCUGUUGUUGCAGUUCUCUACAAGGACGGUGAUACUGAUCCUCUACUCGCGAAGAUACAGAGUAAGUUAGCCGAACUGACAUACGAUCGCUAUGCUAAAAGAGAAGAGGGUCCUGAAAUUGUACUGGCAACAUUUAGCACAAAGCAAAUGAGGCGAAAGAGCCACAAAUAUUACAGAUACCGAGGUUCUUUCACCACUCCCCCAUGCACUGAGAACGUCAUCUGGAACAUUCUUGGCAAGGUAAGGUCAAUAUCUAAACAACAAGUAGACGCCCUGAGGGGUCCUCUGGAUAUUGCUUGCAAGCGCAAUGCAAGACCCGUGCAACCACUAAACGGACGAGUAAUUGAGCUCUAUGAUGAAGAUCAGUAAGGGAGUACUACAUAUAUAUGUAUACAAAGAGAAAUGUAGCGGAGUAUAUGUGUGCUAGCUAAUGUAACUUCAUCAAAAAUAACAAGAAUUCGCAAGUGCCUAGAGCUUCUACGAGGCUAAUAUGAGGCUUUUCAUUUUCCA